GGGAGGUUAGGAUGGGGGAUUACAACAUGCCCCCAAACCCGAAGCACAGCGCAAUCGUGGAGAGGUUGAGGCAGAGGAUCGAGCUGUGUCGCCGGCACCACGCAGUCUGCCAGGUCCGCUACGAGCAGAACCAGCCGCAGCGCAUCGAGCAAGAGCGAAGGAACAAACUCGCUCUGCACCAGAAGUACCUGGACACACGCAGCAAGAAGACCCCUAAAGCCAAGCAGCAGCAGCAGCAUCACGAGGGCAGCCGGGCCCCCAAAAAUUGCGACAGCGAACAGCCCCCGGGACCUAACGCAUCUAGCGAACACAGGAAUCUCACCCUGAUCGCUUUACAGGGCUCCAUCAAGAGAAAGCUGGAAGGAAAUGCUUCACCCGUCAACAAUGAUAGACCAAAUGGCAUUUCUGAUGGGGCUUUCCAAAUGGAUAUUAAGAGAAUAAGAGUAGAUGAAGGUGGUCUUGCAAUUGGCCAAAGUGGACACCAGCUCAGUAAUGGACAAGGUCAAACCCUGCAGGGUUCAGUCACAAUGGGACCUGGAACUCCAGGAAAAGAUGGGAGCUUGAUUGGAACCACCCAAGCCAAUGGUGGCGAUGCCAGUUCUGGCUUCAGCUUGCCACUCAACAAGGAGAUGAAACAGGAGCCAGCAGAGAGUGUUUCAUGCAGCGAGCAUUUAAACAACCAAAUCUCUAACAACAACAUGCUGUUUGAAUCCAAAGAUGAUCUAGGAAUGCAGCUGCUUGAUCCGGAUUUGCAAGAUUUAUUUGAUGAAUUGACAAACAUGUCUGGUGUUCCCCCAUUGAGUGAUAUUGACCUGGACAACAUGUUAAACCCCAGCAUUAGAAACGAAGAAUCAUUCAACAUAGACAUUGGUCAGCAAAACCAGAGCAGUACACCAAAGCCGCAUUCACAGUUGGACAAUCCAACAGUAAAAACUGAAUACUCACCUGGUUUUACCCAGGCAUCAGUAGGGUCACCCCAAAUGCGGCCUCCUUCCACAGGGCCCCCCUAUUCCAUGGCGAAUACAGCCAUGUCUGUUCCUUCGCCCAUCUCCUCUGCAGCUCAAAGUCAAAACCAACCACAGCAAUCUUUACCUUCUGCACCAAACAGAGGCCUGUCCAAUUGGCAUGACCUGUCUCAUGCACAGCAGCUGAAGAAGAUUGCAGAUAAUCGACAACAGCAUGCCAUGCUGCAGCACCAGCAGCAAAAUCAGGCAGCUAGUUGGCCACCUGCUCCACAAUCAGGUCCUUCGUCAGGAAAUUUUGGCCAGGAGAAAAUACCCAGUCCCUCCCUCCACCAGCAGCCUUUUAGCUCCCCAAAUUCUCUGCUCACUGGUGUGUCCACCAACAGCAGUCAGACAAAAAACAUGAAUAACUGCCUCUAUAAGACUCCAACCGCCGCACAGACUGGCCACAUGGACAUGAUAAUUCACCAGCAGCAACAACAGACACACAGUAUAAGUCGCAGCUUGAUGAAUACCAAUUCUGCAUCACCAGACCAGCUGUCAUACAGUAACACCAAGCCCUUGUCUCAUUUUGAUCCAGAGCCAGGCCAGAUCCCUUCAAUCCUGGGUACUCAGACCAAGCCUUCUGUCUUGCAUUAUACACAGCAGCAGCAGCCUUCAGCACCAGUACAGCAGCAGUCUGCUCCACCAUCAGGUCACCUCCAAAGUCAAGCAAUCCAGCGGGCGCAGUUACCAAUUGCACUGCAACAAAAAAUGCUGCUGCAGAAGAUGCAACAAAGCCAACAGCCUUCAGCAUUGCAGUAUCCUCUGUCCCAACAUCGACAGGAUCAGAAUUCUGUGGUGGGCCCAGGCCCAGGCCCAGGCCCGAGCCAAACUGCUAAUGCCUGUCCAAACCAGAAUCCUGGCAACAGCUACAUUAACAACGCGCACCAGGCUGUGUUAAAGCAGCAGCUGAUGGAGAAGAAACAGGCCAUGCAGAGGCAGAUGAUGGAACGUCAUAAACUGCUCUUUCCGCAACAUAUCCUGGCAGACCCGGAGAAAAUGAACACACAGGAACAACUUAGCAGGCAUUUGACAAGGCCGCCUCCAGAUUAUAAAGAGCAGAGGAGAAAUCUAGUUGGAAUCCCACAGCCAAGUCAAUAUCCAGGUCCUGCGCCGGCAAUGGGAUUGAAUACAUCUCAACCUUUACCAAAUUCUGCUCCAAACCACCGUGUGAUUCCUCCAAGCUCUAGCCUUUUACAAGUGAAUUCACCGAGCAACCAAGGACCUAGGAUGCCUCCUAUAUCUGGAACUCAAAGUGACAGAACCAUAGGAAUGUACGGAAGUGUGUCGGCUUCCCAGCAGGCAGCAUAUACAGUUUCAUCUAGCGUUAAUCAACUGCAACAUCACACAAGCCAAAGUCAAAUGGGAAUGACCCAGAACAACGUAAUGAUACCAAGACAGCCAACAUUAGGUCAAGGGACCACAAUGUCAGGGUUUGGCACUGCGUCUGUUGGGAGUUCUGCCAUUUCUCAGCAGCAGAUGAGACCAGUUUUGAACCAUAUUAGCACCAGUAUGUCUGCACAGACACAAAGACUAACAAACAUGAUGACCAAUUCCAGUUUGGCAGCACAGAACUGGACACCCCAGGGGGUGCAGGUGACUCCAAAACAGGCACAAAUGGGACCUAGUGUAAGAUUCUCUAAUAACCCUCCUUUCCCAAAUCAGUCUGUGCAGCCUAAUAUGUCCAAUCAACACUUUGCUCAGCGGGGCAUGGCACCACCAAACCAGAUAGCUCCUGGAGUUCAGAUGCGACCUUUGGCACAAAUGAACCAAGCCAUGAGCGGACAGACAAUAGGCUCACUGAGUGGGCCAACUCCAAGAGCUAAUCAGCCAAGACCUCAACCGCAAGCUAUGGCUGUAAUGAGCCAAUCAGCAGCAAGCAUGGCUGUGAUAAGCCAGGCACCUUCAGUGCAAACGUUGCCUACAACCAGUUUUCCUUCUACCAACCAGCCCCCUCGAAGUUACCAGGGAACAAAUCAUAACAGUGACUUGGCAUUUGACUUUCUCAGCCAACAAGGUGACAGCGCACUGUCAGGACUCAGCAGUGACUCUGAUUUCCUUGACUCAUUGAUAAAAAGUAGCAACGAUGACUGGAUGAAGGACUUAAAUCUUGAUGAAAUUUUGGGGCAGCAUUCAUGAAAAAGCCAGAGGAUUGUAAAUGUUAUCCAUCUGUUGGAGAGGUACUGAUGGACAAAAUUUAUCUGUGCCUACAGCCAGCUGAUGAGCCUCACAGUAAAUCGCAGGUGUGCACAAUUGUGCCCGAUUAGAUAUAGGUUGCUCAAUGGAUAACUAGUUAAAAACAUAACCAUUAUAUCCUCCCCACCACAUGUACAUUACUGGGCUCAAAAUGCAUAGAUUUUAUGUGCUUAGUAAAAAGAAGUUUUGUAAGAUAUGUUUUUUACUGAAAAUCAUAUUCUCUGUAAGAAGAUUAUAUUUAUACUUUUUUUCUGAAAAAGUUCUGUGAAUCAUUGUAGUGCAACAUUUUUACUUACUAAAAUUAAAUUGUACAUGUUUGUAUUCUGUCAUAGUUUUAAAUUGACUUACAUGUUAGAUCAGCAGUCUACUUAUUACCAGAUUCAAAUGCAUACAGUAGUUUGCUUUUAAAGUGUUUUACAGUAAUAGUUAAUGUUUUAUAAAUGACCUGUUCUACUUUCAUUGAUUUUGUUACAGUCCAACAGAGUACUUUACCUUCACUUACAUUACAUUUAUCCAUUGUGAACUUCUGUGGCAAAACUCCUAAAACUAUCAGUUUUAUUGAUAAGCAGCAUUAUCAUUCAGCUACUUCAACUUCUUAGUAAGUAAACACAUGAUUUCUUUAUCACUGUAUGUUUCCACUUUAUCUUGAAGAAAGAUAUGUUUGUCAACUCUGAAUGUUUAUCAGCCAGAACUAUGGUAAAAGUGUUCACAAACUCAGAGCAUUUACCAACAUGAGAAUAAGUCUUUAAACCUCCAUGUACAAAUUUGGAGAGAAGGCAGCAUUUCAGCCUGCCUGCUGCACAUUGUUUGAACUUCUUCGGCUUUUCAUGUGGUUUUGUGGUGACCCAGCCCCUUUGGGAAAUGCACAUUCCUUAAGAUUUUCAUUUCAACAGUGCACCUCCAAAGAACCAACUGCUAUUAUUUAUUUGUAGAUUGCUUCCCAGGUUGAAAGCUUAUUGUGGAAGGAAGAUACAUUGGAAAACCACGAUUGGAAAAUGGUUAUCAGUUGGUCAAAUAGUUUUGCAGAUCUAUGACUUACUUUUCUACCUUAAAGGUUAACUCCUGAUAAAAUAUUAGUAAUGGCACUAGUGCACAUUCAUCCUAUAAAAAUAAGUUUCAAUUCAACUUGUGUAUUUUCAGGGACAUUAAUAAUUACUUGUUAAUGAAACUUUCUAUUUACAACUAAUAACUUAGCCAUCAGAAAUAAUUAGAUACACAAGGAAAAGCAGUGCUACAACACCAGAUUGAAAUAUCCUUCACUUUAAGAAGUCUAGUGAUCUAACAAUUCAUUGCAGAAGUCAACCAAAAAUUAAAUUAGGUUUGGUAACAAUAACUUUAAGCACUGACCACGUUUUAUGCCUAAAGGAUGCAGAAGCAUGAAGAAUUCAAACUUACUGACAUCUAGGCUACAAUAUUAGACCUCACAAGAUAGAUCUGAUAUUGGUGCUGUACUAGGGCAGUGCUGGCUUUUGACCAGGUACAGGAUGGAAGCCAAUGUGAUUUUCUGCCAGAGUCCAACCGCAAUGGUAAUAAAUUUCAGGAUUGUUGCAUGUUAAGAAAUUGCUUAUCCAACCAAUGUAUGUUUAAUAUUUUUGAUAACAUUACACAUAACAAAUGGGUCAGAAACAAAGAAUUGUCAUUUUCAUUCUGCAUUUUUCAGUACCGAAAUUUAGAGUAAAUAGCAUAAAUAAAACCAUAUCCUCUGCAUUUCAAGACUGAAUUAGUUGAGGUCUGAGCACUUCAUUUUUGAAGUAGUCUGAAAAUAAAUAGGAUCAUCUAAUCAUUCAUUGUUAUUGGGCCAAUUUGCAUUUGUGUGAAUCAAAUGUACAUUUUUGUUUUGAAAUUUUAAGUUAACAUUAAACCCUGGUAACCAGUAAGCCUUUCUUCAUUAUCAGCUGAGUGGUUAAUGAUGUUGGAAUUUUUAUUUCAUGCCACAAAGUUGACUUGCAAACUGAAACAAUCAAUGAAAAUGACAGAACCAAGUCCUUUAGAUAUGCAGACCAUGAGAAAUGGUACUUUUGUAUAAUAGAUUUUGUAAAAGUUCUAUUGAAACAAUAUUAUUAUACUGCAUUUUGUAUUUUAUUGUAAUACAGUAUCUUUCUUGAAGUAUUUCCA